AUAACUAUUAAAUAACAAGGAUUGUGAGUGCACUAACUUUUGAAAAACUCGGAUGGAGUAAUGCUUAAUUAUUUUAACACUAACCAAAUGUUGUUUAAAUAGAAUAGUUCAACGUUUUGAUACCGAUGUGUAGCGUAAAGAAUACAACAAUUCCGCAAAACGUGUAUCCAUUACUAAUUGUGUAUGUAUGUAAUCAUGCAUUAAUAAAACACCGUAACACGUAAACUUAACGCAAACUAGGACGAUAUUUUAGUACCUUAAGUGAAAAUCUUUCCGGUGUAUUGAAUAUGUCUUCAUUCAAAAUACAAGUUCAUUGACCAUGUGAUAAAUGUCAGUAUCCAGCUCAUGGUUUGCUCUAUUUAUUUUAGAAAAAAAAACAAGGUGUAAGGAUAUUUCGCAAUAAUUGAAAGAAUAUAAAACACAGUGACAGGUGAAGGUAGCUCUACGUUUGUGUCGCCUAGCAAAUAAUAUGAGUUCAGCGCUAGCCUUCCUGGCAAGUGUUGCCUUGAUGGGCUGGGGAGUGACUGGCGAUGGACAUGACAGGGAACACGGUAGCGUGUACAACAUAAUCUCGGAGCGGUGCUGUCCGAGUAAUGAAUGCUACCCCUCGCAGAUGGACAUGGCCGCCCUCAACCAUGACAUGAAUGGGUACCUGCUGUUGCCAAGCUACCCUGAGUACAGUAGACAGGCACAUAUGUACAACACCGUUGAACAGAGGUACCCAAAUUUGGUCGCCGUGGUAAAGAACGCUGAGGACAUCCAGAAAUCGGUGCAGUUCGCGCGGAAAUACAACUUACACGUGACAGUGCGGAGCUCGGGUCAUGACUAUGUGGGCCGCUCCACAUGGGAGGGAAGUUUCCUCAUAAGCCUGUCUGAGAUGAACGAGAUGGAGAUAGACUUGAGCACGGAGAUGAGCCCACAUGGCACGGUUAAGGUGCAGACCGGGAUACAAUGGCAGGAGAUAUACAAGAAGUUGAACGCGGUCAAGCGUGUGGUAGUUGGCGGCAGCGCACACACGGUGACCCCGGGAGGCUAUACGCUUGGUGGUGGACACAGCCCCGUGUCCCGUUCCCUUGGAUACGCCGUCGACAACCUGCUAGAGGUUCAGGUGGUGCUUGCUGACGGUUCGAUCGCCACUGCGACGGAGAACAGGACGGUGAUUGUCACCACGGAAGGCGAUAUCAUGUAUCACGAGAACGGAGACCUGUUCUGGGCACUUAAGGGCGGCGGUGGGGGCACAUUUGGAAUUGCCGUCUACUUUGUUUUCCGCCUGCACCCAAUGCCGUCCCAGAUGGUAGUUUUCAGUAUGCCCGUUCCUAUUGAGAUAGACGGGUAUGGGGUAAACUAUUUCGAGGAGUUAUUUGAAGUUGUUGAGCAGCUCUUAGAGAAAUUGCCGCGUACAUGGGGUGGCUACUGGCUGUCUACUAACUAUCCGGGAUCUUUCGAGGACGGUGGCUCCAAAACCAUGAUCAAUUACAAGGGAUUGUUAACAUUCUACUUUAACAAGUUUGCACCCUGGGAUGGAUCCGAGUAUGAAGAAUUAGAUCCCGCAGUCAGCUGGGCAAGAAGCAAACAAGUACCUUUCACGUUCACAAACAAGACGGAUUUCUGGGACUACGAGAAGGACUCGAAGGACCCGCCAAUUGUGCGCACAUAUAUGGCGGGAACUUUGUUGCAGCCGGGACGGGUCGGGAAGGACUUCCGGACAUUCAUUAGGGAACAGCUGUUUGUGGGGCCGGCCAGGGAUUUGUAUAUCGCUUGCACAGGGAUUCUUCUGGGAGGCAAAACCACGGAAGGCUCCUUAGAGAGCACACCCCUACAUCCGGGCUAUCGGACGUCAGUGACGUCAUUGGCAUGCGGACUCUCCCUUGGCGACGCCGAAAGCGGGGCCCCUCUCUUGAAUCAGACGACCGGUAACAACGAGCUAAUCGAAUACUUCCAGACGUUUGCAAAAGGAAUAAGAAAUUUCGGGAGCGGUAUGUACUUGAACGAGCCGUGGAAAGAUAACCCUUACUGGAAGGAGGACUUCUGGGGAACCGAGAAUUACGAGCGUCUGUUGCUGAUCAAGCGUCGUUACGACCGAGACAACUUCUUCACGUGUCAUCACUGUGUCGGUUCUGACGUGAUGGAUGAACCGGCAACGCCCGUGGGACACGCGUUUACCUGCCUGGCAUCGUGGAGUUUAGUUCUCGUCUCAUAUCUGGCGUCUCGUUUCCUAUUUUGAACACGGCGUAGCAAAGACUUGUAAUUCAUAUCGUUCCCUUUAAACGUCAUGCAAGUUCUGUACACGAAUAUGUUUUAUGAUAUAUCGUUUAUCAAAAUCUAAUGCGUUAACAUAUCCACUGCCCUCGCUAUUUAUCGCGCUGUUGAACAUCAAAGCGGCAUUUACCUUAACGUAAACUGAUCAUUACAUAUGUUUGUACUAUUUAACUUGCUAUGUCGAACUCGGUUAUCUCGAUUUUCUGGAAAUGUCGAUUAUUUGGAUUUUUUCGAUUGAAUUAAAUACUGUUUGUAUUUCGGUUGUAUCGAAUGUUCGUUAUCUCGAAGUAUUUCUCGAGGUCCCAACGACUUCGACAUAGCGAGUUUCGACUGUUUGUAUAUAUUUAAGGUAGUAUUUUGGCCAAAGACUCAAACAUGUACACAUUUUUAAAUGUAUGGCAGAUAUUUUAUUCGGUGAAUGACAACUAUAGUAACCAGUAACAGUUAACGGCAAACUAAUUUGUUAUGUGCUAUGACUAUAUGCAUGUAAAUAUUGUUUCAUUUUGUAUCUUUUUUUCAUUAUUCAGACUCAAAUAUCAUUAGACACCUGUAUUAUUUAAAAUAUAUUAGGUCAAUGUAAUAUCACGUAUUAAUAAAUGGUUUGUAUUUUU